CAAGGCAAUCUUUUAGUGCAUUAAGAGCCACGGUAUAUUCUUAGCAUGUUCUUAAAAUUUGGUGAAAUCUCAGGCUGGACGCUCUUACAAAAAAGGUCCUCAUAUCAAAUAGAUUGUUAAGAAUCCUAUUGUAUGCAAAUGAGAUAUGUCCUCGGUGUAAUUUAUUCAUGUUGGCACCUGAUAAGUCAGGCGGAACCAACAGACAUAUGAUUGUUGAGAGAUUAUCUCUGGCCUUAUUCGUACGACGCUCUGCAAACUUCGCACGCAGAUGCAAUUUCCCAUGCACUGUCUGAUACCGCUAGGGAUGAUACAAGUCUCGUGUUCUAGUGAUUUGGGAUGGACAAGCGCGUGGAUAUAACUACAGAAUGGGUCCCCUUGUGAGCUGCACUUGAUUGGGUUUCGAAACACUAACAUGGCUUUUCCUGAAGAAACGCUCCAACGGAUUCGCUCAGUGAUGUCAAAAACCUUUGGUAGUCAGAACAAGAUUAUUAUCGCGCCUUGUAUGGUGGAGGUAUACACUACUAAAACCCGGGACUUCUUGAAAAAGCCCUCCGAAGUGAAAUGGACAUUGAAAGGCACAGGUCUGUUAGCAGUCAUUCACGAUUCAGUCGGCACGAGAGAUAGGCUACAACUUUGCCUAAGUUCGGCUAAAACGUCUGAAAUUCUAUGGCAAGAGACAGUUGUUCCUUUUACGACAGUAGAUUCCCCGCACCCGACAUUUCACACUCUUUCCAGCACAAGGAAUUUCCAGGAGAGGACUGGAAUUUUGUAUCAAAACAAAGCAGUCGCGAGGCUUGUGUUUCAAGUCAUGACUAUGUUUACAUCUCAAAGAGGGCCAGAGAACAAGUCCGCGAGAAACGUGUUUAGAUCAAAGUCUUUCUGCGUGGCGCCCAGACCUAGAGCUAGCCCUGGCAGCGAGAUAAACCAUGCUUUUGAGCGAUCCACUUUAGCGUUAUCUAAAGUCCAGGUCCACAGGGCGUUCAGUACUGAGAACGCGUCUGGCUCAGGACCUAUGGUUGCAACAGCACUUUGUUCGCGCGGCUUACGUAAUUCUACAGACAGAGAAAUAAUCACAAGAGAACAGAUCUCACAGGAGCUAAGUAUGAGGAGGUCUAUUUGUCUACAGACACGGCAAAGCGAGUCGAGUCUCAUGACUACAGACUUAUGUACAACAGAGCUAUAGUCAAAAUACAGAGAGCUAUAGUCAUAGAAUGGAGAGAGCUAUAGUAUCAUAAAAUAUAGAAAGCUAUAGUUUUACAAUAUAGGAAUGCCAAUAGGAUGUAAAUAAGAAAUUGUUCCAAUGUAUAACAAAGCUAAAAAAUGCUUACAUAGGCUAUUUUCAUAUGGUGUCCCGGAAAGGGAUUUUAUUUCGGAUUGCCUUAAUUAAUUAUGCUUCGCUGUUUGUAGACUGGCAGAAAGACUUAUAGAAAAGAUAAUUUACAUCUGAGGUAUAAAACGUUCAAAUCCAGACUUCCCUCGCCUGAUGUCGUAAAAUAAAUUUAUUUUUAUAAGCUGUUUUGAUGUUUGUUCGAAAAUUAGACCCCGUUUUUAAAACAGCUUGAUACGAGAUUAUUUUGAUUAUCAUGUUAAAAGUCAAGUCUUAGGAGACAAGUAUGUUUUUAACAAAACCAUCCGCGUUCUCACCCGGGAGUUUUCCAUCAACAAGGCUAUUUAAAUCUAAUCAAAACACGCCUCAAUCUACAACAUGCUUGUUUUAUAAACCUUUAACUUUAAAACAUUAGGGGAAUAGAAAUGUUUCGUAAAGGUGUUUUCUAGGUGGUCUCUCCCACAUAUGUUCUCUUGGGGCUUUUAAUCUAGCUGUCAUAAUAUGAUUGGCACUUGGAAACCGCACCGUAUGUGAAAAUUUGAUAAAAUUUUAUUACUGUCUUCAAUAAAUCAAAGUGAAUUGUUCUUUUAAGCCUUGCAUAAAGUAGCAUGUUCAUAAACCACUCAAAGUAAAUACAUUUAAGAUGGAUGUAUAUAUGCAGGGUUUUAUUUCGAGUCCAAGUUCCAAUUAAAGUCUCAAUGCCUAA